CUUUGCUUUAUUGCUUUGCUUAUCGCCAAUCAAGCUAACAAUGCGUGCGGCAGAGCGGAGUCGCUCACCUGCUUUAAGCUGAUAAUCUGACAUUAGCUCGUUACCUACAGAGGUAACUUAUUGUUCUCCUUUUAAAGGUUAUCCACGUCCCGUGCACCGCUCUUCUUCCCCUCAUUGACAGCAGCUUGCUCACCUGCCGUGCUGCUUCCUUCACCAGGUCCUCAUCUGGUCCCAUUCUGUCACUCUGUGUGAGUGAUUGAAUGCAGUGGAACGGGCGUCGGUGGACAAGCACAUGCACAAAGGGCCACUGAUUGGUCAAGGAUGACCAUGGAAGACAUGAAGAAUGAAGCCGACGCUGCCUCAGUAGUCUCGAUGGCGCUGUACACCGUCAUGCAUCCUGUCUUUAAUGAGUUGGAGAAAGUCAACUUAUCAGCAGCGCAAACCUUGAGAACGGCGUUUGAGAAGGCAGAGAAGGGGAACCCGGGUCUGACUCAGGACAUUAUUAUGAAAAUACUGGAGAAGAGGAACCUAAAGAUUAACUAUUGCGAGUCUCUACUCCGCAUGGCCGCAGAGGACGUUGAAGACUUCAGGAUUGACAGGCGAGAGCCAGAGUUCCAGGAGCUGAACGAGAGGGCCCGAGCUCUGAAACACAUCCUGAGCACCAUACCAGAUGAGAUCAAUGACAGAGUGAGCUUGCUGCAAACCAUCAAAGACAUCGCCAGCGCCAUCAAGGAGCUGCUAGAUACGGUUAAUACGACCAUCAAGAAAUACCAGUAUCAGAACAGACGGGCUCUGGAACAGCAGAAGAAAGAGUUUGUGAAAUACUCCAAGAGCUUCAGCGACACUCUCAAAUUCUACUUCAAAGAUGGAAAGGCGAUAAACGUGUUUGUCAGCGCCAACCAGCUCAUCCACCAAACCAACAUGAUACAGCAGGCCUUCAAGACCGUGGUGUAGCUGCCUGAGAA